UGUUGAAAUAUUUGGACCGACAAUUUAACCUGUUGAAAAAUAACGACCAAAAAUGGCUUAAUUUGGGGAAUUUCGAGGAGUUGAGGACCCAAAAUUGAUAUUUUCUCUUGGAAAUUGAGUCUCCAUGGAUCAAAGUGAACUAUUUCUUCAAUAUCCCAUUUCUAAUCCAGUCGGAUUUACAGUCGGAUGAAUGUAAUGUGAGAAUCUGUGUGUAUGCUGAUGGGUAGUUCGACCAAUUCCAGUGAAGGUUUUUGAUAUAGGUAUCUAAUAAGGAUCGAUUUCAACUGUCUGAGGCUGUAAUAAGUGAUUUUUCUCACUUAUUUCACUACUUCUUUGUAUAAUCUCUGGGCAAGACAUUCAGGUAUGAAGAAAUACCGAAUGCCAUUUCACUUUGUUCAUCAAAUAGAGAAGAGACGAUGGCUUUUAGUACUGGUUUUAGUAGCUGCAAUCCAUUUGUUUUGUCAAACCCUAAUGCUUCCUUAUGGAACUGCUCUUCUAUCUCUCCUACCUGGUCACAACAACACUUCGUAUUUCAUAUCACAGUUUAGUACUCUUAAGCACGAAUUACAAGAAGACAACCUUGAAUUCGAAGAAGACAUAGAAUUAGGCGAAGUUUUUAUGGAGGAAAGUAGUGACGCCAGUGCUCAAAAUCAGCUGGAAAAUGAUCGAGUUGUGCUUGGAGAUCUUGGUGAAUCAAGGCAUGAACUAUUGUCAGUAGACCUAAGUACAUAUCUUCCAGAUACAGUUUCUGUAAAUAGUAGUAUUUCUAAAGAAGAAGUAAAAAUGAAGAUCAUGGAGGUUAAAUCUGUACCUGGAUUAAAAGCUCAAAUUCUUCCAAUCAAUGAGAAGUACGCUUUGUUCCAAAGUGAUGAUAGAAAGCAAAUGAAGUGUUUGAUGCCACCAAAAUCAGUCAUGUACAACGAUCAAAUGAACCGUUUGUUACUUCGUCAUCGCACUUCCUCUCGAGCCAUGAGGCCACGAUGGUCUUCACCACGUGAUCGGGAAAUUCUUGCUUCAAAGAUACAAAUUACCAAAGCACCCUCCCAAACAGGGGAUCAAGAACUUUAUGCUCCUGUUUUUCGUAAUGUAUCCAUGUUCAAGAGGAGCUAUGAACUCAUGGAACGUACACUUAAAGUAUACGUAUACAAAGAUGGAGAAAACCAAUCUUUCAUCAACCGAUUCUUAAAGGGUUAUAUGCCUCCGAGGGGUGGUUUAUGAAACUUAUGGAGGGUAAUAAGCGAUUUGUUGUCAAAGACCCUCGAAAAGCUCACUUGUUUUAUAUGCCAUUUAGCGCACGAAUGCUAGAACAUACGUUAUAUGUCCGUAACUCCCAUAAUCGGACAAAUUUACGACAAUUUUUGAAGAAUUAUGCGGAAAAAAUCGCUGCUAAAUACCCUUUUUGGAAUCGAACUGGUGGAGCCGAUCAUUUUCUUGUUGCUUGCCAUGAUUGGGCUCCAUACGAAACAAGACACCACAUGGAACACUGCAUGAAAGCACUCUGCAACGCCGACGUGACCACCGGAUUCAAAAUCGGCCGUGACGUCUCCCUGCCCGAAUGCUACGUCCGGUCUGCCCGAAACCCACUCCGGGAUCUUGGCGGGAAGCCACCUUCGGAUCGCCAUAUCCUCGCAUUCUACGCGGGAAACAUCCAUGGGUAUUUACGUAAAAUCCUCCUCGAGUAUUGGAACAACAAAGACCCCGAUAUGAAAAUCUUGGGCCCCAUGCCGCCCGGGGUAGCUAGCAAGAUGACCUACAUUGAAUAUAUGAAAGGAAGCAAGUAUUGCAUCUGCCCGAAAGGGUACGAGGUGAACAGCCCACGGGUAGUUGAGGCGAUAUUUUACGAAUGUGUCCCCGUGAUUAUUUCGGACAAUUUUGUCCCCCCGUUUUUUGAGGUGUUAAAUUGGGACGGGUUUUCGGUUAUUAUUGCUGAAAAGAAUAUUCCCGAUUUGAAGAAUAUACUCAUGGAGAUUUCUGACGAUAGGUAUCGGGAAUUACAGUUUGGAGUUAGGAAAGUUCAGAGGCAUUUUUUAUGGCAUGUGAAGCCUGUUAAGUAUGAUUUAUUUCAUAUGAUAUUGCAUUCAAUUUGGUACAAUAGGGUUUUUCAAAUUAAGCCUAGAUAAGAGGUAUUUUGGUAUGUGAGGGUAUGCUUUGUGGGGUUGUACUUUGUGUUUUGAUUGGUGUAUGUUAACACUCUUCAUGUUGUGAAUAUUUUGUAUGUUGUACGAGUGUAGGAUUGUAAUUUGAGAGAAA